AUGAUCUUUGACCCUAGUGCCAUCGAGCUUCCACCUUCUUACGAGAAAAUCCAAACAACCGGCCAUGUAGUGGUCUCUCAUUAUCCUCCUGGUACACCGACAGUUACUCCAGUAGUGGUCGUGACUUUGAAUCGCCCUGCAAACCAAAAUGCAUUCACUGGGCAGAUGGUCCAAGAUUUCGAGAAAAUCUUUCCCAUGUUUGAUGUCGAUGAGCGUGUGAAAGUCAUUGUUUUGACCGGCGCUGGUAAGACCUUCUGUGCUGGCGCAGACCUCGAUAUUGGGUUCCGUGCUGGGAAGGAGAGAAUGAUCGAUCAUCGGGAUGGGGGUGGACGAGUGGCGCUGGCGAUCCAUCGAUGCCGCAAGCCAACUAUUGCAGCCAUGCAAGGCUCAGCCGUUGGAGUUGGUAUGACGAUGACUCUACCGGCGAUUAUUCGAAUCGCCUACGAAAAAGGCAAAUAUGGCUUCGUCUUUGCUCGCCGAGGUAUAACAAUGGAAUCUUGUUCCUCGUAUUUCCUCCCUCGUCUUGUCGGCUACUCAAAUGCCAGCUAUCUCGUCAGCACGGGUGGAGUCUUUCCACCAUCAUCCAAGCAUUUCGGCGACCUUUUCAAUGAGAUUCUUCCAGACUCAGCGCAAGUGUUGCCGCGUGCACUCGAGUUGGCUACCGAGAUUGCGGAAAAUGUUAGUCCAACCUCGUCGUAUCUGAAUCGUGCUUUGAUGUGGCGUGAUACUGGCUCGGCAGAGAGCGCUCAUCUGGUGGAGUCGCAUGUUAUUUAUCACAUGUUUGGGGCACCGGAUCAAAAGGAAGGUGUUACCGCGUUCUUUGAGAAGCGCAAGCCGAACUUCAGGGCUAACCUUGAUGACAACCCACCACCAAAUGUGCCUUGGUGGACGGAAGUUGACACAGGACGAAAUCCGAAAGCGAAGUUGCCAUCCAAGCUGUAA